UUCUUCUCUCUCACCCUUUCCCCCAAACCACACCCAACAACAACAACAACUAUACUUUUCUUACUAAUAAACAAAGUUUCCAAGAAUUACAAAACAGAACCUUAGCUAGAAGAACAAUUGCAGAAAAUGGAAGAUAAUAAUAUCCUUCAAAGUGUAAAGAAGAGAGUGAUAAUCAAAGAGCUUGUUGAAGGCAAAGAAGCUGCAACAAAACUCAAGUAUCUUCUUGAAAAUGAGAAUUCCUUUGGAAAUCUCUCUUCAGACAAACUAGCUGCAAAUGUGCUCAGUUCUUUCACAAAGGCCCUUUCUAUUAUCACUCAACACGGCGGUGAAAAUGGGUCUCCGGUGGUGGUAGUCGCCGGCAAUGAUAGAAAGGGUGGGAUACGUUGCUACAAAAGAAGGAAGAGUGCAGAGACAUUGACCAUGGUUUCCGGCACAACAACUGAUAUUCAUUCAUGGAGAAAGUAUGGACAGAAGGAAAUCAUGAAUUCAAAAUUUACCAGGAGUUACUUCAGGUGCAAACAUAAGCAUGAUGAAGGUUGUUCAGCAACCAAACAAGUGCAAAAAACACAAGACAAUCCUAAUAUGUAUCAAAUUACAUACAUUGGCAUUCACACAUGCAACACCACUCCUAAGCCAACACAAUUGAACAAAGAUAUUUCAAGUAUUCCUCCAUACGAAGCAUGUCUUGUGAAUUCUGGUAUUCCUGACUUGAAAGUACCAAUUAGUGAACAGGAUCACCACAUUACCUCACCAAGCCAAACUAUAAAUCAAGAAUAUCCCAAAGAAGAAACUCCUAAUAAUGUUACAGCACAAAAACAUGAGUUUAUGGAAUAUGAUGAAAAUGCAGAUACUUUGUCAGUGUUUCAAAGUCUAGCACAGGAAUUUGGGGACAUUGACUUUCCUUUUUAUGGAAAUUAAUUAGUUGUUGUUAAGUUAAUUGGCUCAAGUCAAGUUAGUUAAUUUAUUAGCAUUAGUUACUCUUAGUAAUUCAAUUGUUCUAUUUUGAUUAGUUGAGUAAGUUAAACUUUGUAAUUGGAUUCUCACAUUAUUAUAUAAGUCAUUUUGUACUAUCAAU